UUAUGAAUGCAAUUAUUAAAUUCUUCUAACUCGAAAGGUCCCUAUGUCUUUCAUUGUGACAAAAAGAGAAUCAUUUGAAUCUUUAGGACGUCUGAGUGCACAGAGAUUAGGAUUAGGUGAUAAGCAUUGAUUUUUUAUUCUUAGUUGAACUAUAUGUCUUAGAAGUCUACUGAUGUCAGACUUCAAGGUACUCUCAAUCUUCAAUUCAUCUUUACCAGGCUGGAUAAUAAUCUCUUUUGGAUCUUUAGAGAGAUCUUCUACUUGAUUACAUGAUAUAGUAUCUUUUGGUUUGAGAGACUCUCUUAAAUCUUUCUUAACAAUAGUUUUAAAUAAAUGUUGCGAUACUUCUCAAGGCCGGAAGCUAAAGAGUUGCUCUACGGUUGUAUUCUUACUAUUCAGAGACUUCUUUACCAUGUUGUGUAAGAUCCUAUUCGAGUCUCUAACCUUGCAAGAAGCCACACCUUCGCUGAGAAGUUCAUCUGACAAGUUUUCUUCUUCAUAUUGGUUAUUGGUGAAAUUCAUAUUUGUUAUCGCUAAUCUAAUAAUUAGUGUCUCAAUGAUUUAG